GAGAUUCGUACUUUGCAGAUGCCACGUACACGAGAGGCAGAUCGACGGAAGCCCUAGUAUGCGGGUUUAGGAGGGUAUUCAUACGCAUUCGACAAAUGCUUGGGGUCAAGCGUGUGGAAGACAUCUGCCAGGCUGCCGCGGCGCUUGGACUGGUUGCAUACGGGAACUAUCUUUUUGGGCAAUCUGGAUCCAUAUCGGUUGGCGGUGGUGCAUAUCUUUUUCUUGGACUGGCGUUCUAUUAUGUGUCGAAUCACUACCCAUCUACCAAGGGGUCUAAUGUUGUGAAUUAUGCUGGAGGCACAAAGGGUUUCCAUGCAUUGAAUGCAUCGCCACGGGCCGUGUUAAUGUGCGCAAUUCUGGCGUUGACAGUCAUCAGUGCGGAGAUCCACCGGCGCCUCGACAUAAUCAAAAUACGACAUGUGGAAAUUAGGGACGCUAUUGGACACAAGCCAGAAGCAUCUCCGUUAUCAUGUCGUCCCAUCGCACAAUUGGUUGGCCGCAGGUACGAUGCCAUAUACCGAAAUUCAACGUAUUUUGACCCAGGGGCUUCCUUGGCGUGCGAACCUGCGGGGUGCCCUUGUCUGCAGGGAGUUGCGCGCAGACGUGGAACGCCAAGAUGUCAUCUCUACCGGCAAUAUGACAGACCAUUUGACCCCUCCAAGACUGGCUUGUAUGUUGCUGAGUACUGGUUCAAAUGUGGAGUGAACGGGAAGGGAAAGGACUUGGUGUUUUCGUCGACUGUUUCUCGAAUCCUACAUGUUCGAGACCGACCAUCACUGCAACUGAGGAGCCUUGGUGUGGAUCAAAUAACAGUCGCAUUCCCAGAAGCAGUAGCCCGUGAUAAUAAAGGGGACCUACGGUUCAGUGUUGCACCAACCGCACUCGGUGGACUCGAUCCCAGCUCCUUCCAAAGUCGAGUAGUAGAUGGGAAUGGUAUCACAUUGGCGAAUAUUAUCAUAGAUGAUGUCCACGUCGGUGCUCCUAUGACUGAGGCAGCUUUGCAUGCUACAAAUCAAGAUACAUCUAAAGCGACGUUCAUUCUCCACCUCCGUCUCCCCGAAUAUACAAUACCGAUUAACCAGUGGCCCGUAAACGCAACGCUCGAAAUGUGGCCUUCGCCUAGGGCUUGUUUUGAUGCCCAGUACCCUUUCGCGCCAUGUUCACCGAAGCAAGUACGCAUAUCAAUUUUUCCUCCACCCAUAGCACGAGCAUGGCUUAAACAUCGCGUGGAUGCAGUCACCUUGGUUGCCCGUUUCGCAUUUUCCGGCACUUUUAUUACAAAGACGGGUAGACAAAUGGCACUGGCGGAGUCGUUUUCAGUAACUCUCGCCCAGCAGACAGCUGGAUUCUUUUGGAACAGCCGAACUGUUCGCACCACGCUGGACAUUCUGUGGCUCCGUCACGCGACGCUUCCGACGGCGCCAGGUGCUGAUUUUACGAAAGAAGAGAUCGAAUAUGAUAUUGCAAUACAUUUACCACGGGAAAAAUACAACACCGGCGAUAAGCUCAUAUUGGCUGUCCGCGAAAAUGCCCUAGUUGGAGCUGGUUGGCCUCAUUUCCCAGUAUGGAGCGCCAAUGCAGAGGUGGAACUAGUCAAGGGGUUUUGCUGCUCGGAUGAGCCUCGUCGCUCCUAUCGCGUGGAUCUUGCAGCCCAUUGCCAUCUUCCCGGCAAGUUCUACGCCAAUGCAAACGCAUGUCCGCAAAUAGGCGCAGUAUCCCAACCCCCCGGUGGUUUACAAAGAAAAGCGCUUCCGUCUGCGCGUCUGCAACUGAUUGGACCACGAGUUAUGGUUUUGUACGCUGGUGAACCUUUUGUAGAUCCUGGGGUCAGCAUUGUCGGUCUGCAGGAGGGCGUUUCCGGACACAAACCGAAGGUCAUUACCCGAUUCGAUAGAUCAUUUGAUGCCGCAAAGCCUCGGGCGGGUGUCUUCGUACAGACAUAUCUGCAGGAUCCCGUAAACGAUGACCACACGUCGGUAACCCGAGUUCUCUAUGUGCGGCAUCGUCGACCAACUGCGGCUCUUGUCGGCUGGUACGAAAAGUUGACGGCACGGAACGAAAUGAGUGAAGGCAACAGGCGGGGUAUGAUCGUAAUACGGUUCUCGUCGCGCGUGAACAUCGAUUUGGAUUCUUUUGCUAUUUCGAUCAAUGGAUCUGCUGUGGAACCAUUGAACAUCAAAUAUCAUAAUGAUACCGAUUUAUGGGACGUAGAACUAGAUUACCAAAAAAGCAAAGGGGCGUGGAGAGAAGGGACCAGCAUUGCUGUCAACAUAAAUGGUGAUAAAUGUACGGACGCUCGGCCGCCAUUUGGUAGAUGCGACGUGAAUCAGCGCCUAGAAGCCAUCACAGGGCAAGGUGUGCAUGUGAUCGGGAUUCAGGACACAAGGUGGACCGCCGAGCAUCUUGAGGUUACAGUCCAAUUCUCUGACGAGGUCAAAGGGGUGUCAGGAACCGACAUCGGUCCGGAGGCUUUUGAGGCCUCUUUCGUUCACGCUAGUGACCGUAUCGUGAGAGACUAUCAGCCCGCAUGUCGAAUUCCGGGUGCUGGGUUGGAAGUGAUGGGUGUGGAACGCGUCCUUGGCCAGCACGUUGUCUACAGUUUAAGGAUUCGCGGCGCAGUGCUCCAAUCCGAUGCAUGGAAAGGUGCUGUCAUAGUAGCCUUGCGGCCUGGAAAAGUGGUAGCGUCCAAUUUUGCCGGACUCAUCGUUCCUUGUUGGGCCUCUGUGGUUGACGGCCAAGCCAAUACUCCAAAAUCCUCGAUCCAAAGUAUAGGAUACGAGUUUGCUCUUGCACUCGUUGCACAGCUUGUCAAGACUAUAUUGCUUUUCAGCACGCUUUAUGUUUGCAUCUUUGGAGACGAUCAUCUUCUAGCAGGUGCUUGGGGAAGUGCCUGCAUUUUGAUUUUGUUCUUAGCUUAAUUUGUUACAAUUGUUUUAUGUUGUAUAAGCGUAGAUUGUUAUUAGGUUUAUUUUCGUAGUAUGCUGUAACAGCAGAUGGAGUUAAUCAUCUGUUACAAUUCGAAGCACAUGAAGAGUUGCUUAUGUAAGCCUGGCGGGGUGCUGAAGCACUUAGUUUGGUUCACCUUCCCUCGGCCUCA